AGUGUUUAACUAUCAUUCGCGUCAUAACUUGGGAGUAGUUAUGGGAGAGCAUACUUGUACAACUGGCCUAAUAAGUGUCAUACAGAUAAGCUUAUCUUACAAUACUGUAUAUGUCAUAGUAGUGUAGAUAAAUUUAUUUGGAAGAAACAAAGAAGGGGAAAAACAGGCAGCAAACAGACUUCUCCAAACAAGGCUUCCUAAAGUCAUUAUUGGUGAAAGAAUGUACGCACAGCAUCAGAUGGGAACAGUUUUGCACGCAUUUUCCAUAAGCACUAAUUGUUCAUAAUUGGUAGCUAGCUAUUCAAAAUACAUUGAAAAUGUGUUUUUUGCAACACUAUCCAACCCAUCCUGUUUUAAUUUAACAUCUGUUCAGAGUAUAAGUGCUGGCUGAACAAUAGGUCUUUAAACUGUAGUCCUUUGAAACAUGAUACUGCCAAAAGCAUUACUUAAUUCCCAUAACAACAAUUCACACGAUUGGAACACAAGUAAUAAAACUAGUUUUUACAAGGAACGACAAUGAUUUUCUCCCAAGGCAUAGGCGUCACCAAUUGCAUAAGAACCUGAGGGUCUUUAAAAAGUAGCGCUGCAAGUUUGCUACCAGAGGAUCUCUUUCAGGUUUACUGGCAGCAGCAGCUAGAAUCCAUCCUGCAACGACUUCUUUCCAGGAUGAAAAAGAAGCUCAUACUUGAUGUGGACACAGGGGUGGAUGAUGCUAUGGCCAUCAUGAUGGCCUUGGCAGAUACCAAUGUUGAGGUACUGGGGAUCACUUGCUGCCACGGCAACACCCCCCUUGAGAAAGUCCUGAAGAACACCCUUCGUGUUCUAAAGGUGUGCAACAGGCUGGAUAUCCCAGUGUACGCGGGAUGCUCGCAGCCGCUGCUAUCCAACAAACAGCAUGCCAGUGAUUAUCAUGGGAAGGACGGCCUUGGAGACGUGCCGGAUCCAGAUGCGCCAGGGUUGGAACUGGUGCAAAAGAAAAAAGGUGUUAAGGCCUUAAUCAAAAUGGUCAAGCAGAACCAGGGAGAGGUGAUUCUAGUGGCCACGGCACCUCUGACUAACCUAGCAGCAGCAGUGCAACUUGAUCCUUCCCUUCCCAAGAAGCUUAAGGCUCUAUACAUCAUGGGAGGCAACAUUGACUCCAGGGGUAACACCACAACAUGCGGGGAGUUUAACUUUGUUGCCGACACAGAGGCUGCCUACAUUGUGUUGGAACGCUACACUUGCCCCACCACCAUUGCCUCCUGGGAGUUCACCUGCAGUAACAGCCUUCCAUGGUCUUUUUGUGAACAGUGGCUUUCCAUCAAAUCAGACAAAGCUACGUUCAUGAAAAAAAUUUCAUGCCUGUCCAGGACGAAAUCUCAGUCAGCGGACUACCAGAAGGAGAUCACGGCAGGAAAAGGGUUCAAUUCUUGCGACACCUACGCCCUGGCCGCGGCAAUCAAUGACUCUCUGAUCACUGAGAGUGAGAAUGUCCCUGUCACUGUGGAGCUCAUGGGGGCCAAUACCAGAGGCAUGAUGGUAUUGGACUACAUGAACCUGCUAGAGAAGAAACACAAGGUGACCAUCAUGAAAAAAGUUGACUUGGAGAAGUUCAAGCAGAUGCUUAUCAAUUCACUCCAGUAGGAUGGCUUGCAAUGGAAGAGAUGAGAAUUUGUACUUUUGUCCAGUAAACCAAAUAA